AAAACUCGGUUCAGCAGCUUCAUUGAUCCCCCAUCUGUGUUCCAUUACUUUCGCCUGAGGGCAUGAUCUGUGUGAUCUGCUCUCGACUAUCCGGGGCUGUGCUAAGGAAAACGUUACCGUGAAUAACAAUGGCAGACGAAGAAUUAGAGGCGAUAAGGCGGCAGAGGAUGGCGGAACUGCAGGCGAAGCAAGGGGAUGCUUCAAAUAAUCAGCAAGGUGAAGAAGCUAAACAAAGAGAAACUGAAAUGAGGAACUCGAUAUUGGCUCAAGUCCUGGAUCAGUCUGCUCGAGCAAGAUUAAGCAAUCUUGCAUUGGUGAAGCCGGAGAAGGCAAAUGCGGUUGAGAACUAUCUGAUUCAGAUGGCUCGAUUUGGAAAGCUAGGAGGAAAGAUUUCUGAGUCCGGCUUAAUAGAGAUCCUAGAAAAAGUCAGUCAGCAAACGGAGAAAAAGACCACAGUUACAUUCAACAGACGGAGGGUGAUGGACUCAGACGACGAGGACGAUUACUGAGUUCAGACAGAAGCGUUGGAAUGAGGCAAAAAAAAAUUCCAGGAGGUGAAAUGCAUUGCUGGGAUUCCGCAAGGAUCUCUGACUCGUGUGUUCUCAUCAAAUUCCUGGGAUGCCACACUACCUUCUGUGUCCUUGGAAUGGAGACAACAAAACAGAAGAACAAGGAUGUUAGGUUAAUAUUCUCCUGUGCGGAAGGGGAUUUAAAGGAAGCACACAGUGUUCACAGAGGUUUUUGCAGGCUUGUACAACUUGUGUUGUACCCAUGAUAGCCAUGAUAGCACUGUCUGACUCCUCUUCUCAACAGUUCUGUAGUUUUUAUUUCCCUCCUUAUGGUUAAACUCUGUUUUGCAAACAUAGGAUACAAGACAUUUAUUUUAUCUGAACUGUUCUGCAAUCAAUCUUUUUUCUUUAUUAUUCAUAGCCAACAUCCUGCUAGGUUUGAACAUUUCUCUUACAUUGUUUUCUUGUUGCUGACUUGUACUUCUAAAGUUUUCAUUAAAAAUAAUAAUUACAAAAGCCUUAUACAUUAAAACUUUUUUUUUCAUCUUCAAGUAUAACCAUGAUUCAUUUAAGAAUUUAUGCAAAUGAAUCUGUUUCAUUUAAUUAUACAGGAAGUUGGACCCAUGAUAUUUCCAAGUUUUGGUUUAAUUUCCAGAGCCAGAGUUAACAGAUUGCCAAUUUGUCCAAAAACUGUUGAAAAAAAAAAAAAAAAAACGUGAACAAA